AUGGCUUCUCCGAGUCCUGACCCUACCUCGCAGAGCGCCCAGGACAAAAGAGAGAAAGCCAAACAAUGGCUCACCAAGGGUGCCCUCGUCCGCGAGGAUUCCGACGACGAACUCGGUUACGACGACUACCCUUGGGAGUGGGUAUACGAGGAUGAAGCAAACGGAAAGGAGAACGCAAAUGCCGAACAACAAGCAGAUCAAGAUGAUCAAGACUCUCAGACUCCCCGAAGACGAUCAACGCGGCCAGCCAGCAAAAAAAGGCGAAUUGUCGCAGCCCGCAUGGGCACCUUCGAGUGCAGAUUGGGCCAUGUGGUGUUGCUGAAAUCCCCGGAGGCGGGCAAAGACUGGGUAGGAAUUAUAACCGAAUUCGUGGAAGAAGAAGACGACGACGAAGACGAAAUAAUCAAGUCCGCCAAUAUCAUGUGGUUCGCCUCGCCCGAAGAAUUCUUGUCAACCAAAAACAAAAAGCGAGCAGAUGCGUUGCCCAACGAGCAAUAUCUGACGGUGGAUUUUAACAUCAACCCUCUGACUUCGAUUAAUGGACGAGGCAAGGUCAUGUCAAAAGACGCCUUCUUUGCAAAAUACCCAAACGGGGUGCCCCCGAAAGGCAGGGCAGCAUUGACCGAAUAUCACAAAUGCAUAGUUUGUCGAAGAGGCGUCAACCAACUCCAAGGAAAAUAUACCGAGGAAUUCCUCUGGGAGGACGUAUAUAAGGAAGAUGAAGAAAGCGUAUUCAAGCUUGUUGAAUUGAUUAAAACGGGUCUGAAGGCGGCUAAAAAGCGCAAAGCUGCGGAUGAUGAUUAUGUCGACGCGAAAGAUGAUCACAAAGCGCCCAUUACUCCAAGAAAACGGCAACGCAUGACUGCACUCAAUGUUACUCCUCAAUCGAGGCGGAAAAUCCUUACAACCCCUACUAGCAAACGCAUUGUCGUGAAGAAGCCACUCGAGUUUACCCCCCUGGGAACCCGUGUCCUCGAUCCAUCACAUUUUGUCUCGUCUCCAUAUCGUCAAGCACGAGCUUUACUGCAUGUCUCUAGCGUGCCAGCUUCGCUACCGUGCCGCAACGGAGAAUUUGAGACUGUAUACGCUCACCUAAGAGCUGCCAUUGGUGAAGGCACUGGCGCUUGCAUCUACAUCUCAGGAACUCCCGGUACAGGCAAAACAGCUACUGUCAGGGAAGUUGUUGCUCAACUAAACAACUCGGUGCUUGCCGAAGAAAUGGAUGAUUUCAUCUUUGUCGAGAUCAAUGGCAUGAAAGUGACUGAUCCUCAUCAGUCUUAUUCUUUGCUCUGGGAAGCCCUAAAGGGUGACCGCGUUUCCCCAUCUCAUGCCCUCGAUCUAUUAGAAAGAGAGUUUACGCAUCCUUCUCCACGUCGAGUACCCUGUGUUGUUUUGAUGGACGAACUCGAUCAACUGGUGACGAAAAACCAAUCGGUCAUGUACAACUUCUUCAAUUGGCCUGCGCUUCGUCAUUCACGCCUCAUUGUCCUUGCAGUUGCAAACACUAUGGAUCUUCCGGAAAGAACCUUGAGUAACAAAAUAUCAAGUCGUUUAGGUCUCACACGCAUCACAUUUCCUGGUUAUAAACAUACCGACUUGAUGGAAAUCAUUUCCUCGCGACUUGCCAACGUUCCAGGCAAUAUCGUCGACCCAGAUGCCAUCCAAUUUGCUAGCCGCAAGGUGGCAGCUGUCAGUGGAGAUGCUCGACGAGCGCUCGAUAUCUGCCGUCGAGCUGUUGAAAUCGCCGAACAGGAGAGCGAUUCUGCCGCCAAAACCGGUACUAAAAAUGGUGUGGAUUUCGAUGAUAAUGAAUCCCUUCCUCCGACCCCAAGCAAAAAUAGUGCUCGCCGAGAGCGGUUUCAAAAAAAGGACACCAAACCCAAGGUCAUAAUCGAAAGUCCGCAGAAAAAGCCGGCUCCCUCGAUUCCCCGAGUUACGAUUGCCACCAUCAAACAAGCCAUUCAGGAAGCUACGUCAACACCGCUACAGCAAUCUCUCCGCUGCCUCCCUUUGUCCGGAAAACUGUUUCUGGCUGCACUGCUGGCCCGUGUUCGUCGAACGGGUAUAUCAGAGUCUACACUAGGGGAUGUCCUGGACGAAGCGCGGCGGAUCGCUGAUGCGGCGGUAGCUAUUGCGGGCGUUGCAGGCUCAAGCAUUAAAGAAUACCUGCUUGGCAGUAAUGCCGGUGCAAGAGUGCGUGCCAUGAGCUUUGCUGCCAUGGAGCUCAUGAACUCGGGUGUCGUUGCUCUUGAGACUGGAGUAAGCAUGAAAGCUCGAGGGGAUCGAAGCAGCAAAGUCAGGCUACGAAUAGCUGCCGAAGAAGUCAGAUCCGCUUUCAGAGAUGACUCUGAAGCGAAAGGGCUAGGUUUGGGUUUUGAUCAGUAA